CUUCCCCUGGGCACUGAGGAGCGGCAGAGAGCGUCUGGAGGAAAUAAAGAGAGGAUUGACUCUGAAGAGAGCACAGCGCAAGAAUGGCCCCGAAUUUUUACGAGCUCACGGCCAAACUAUUAACGGGGGAGACGUUUGAUUUCUCGACCCUGCAGGGCAAAGUUGUCCUCAUUGAGAAUGUCGCGUCUCUCUGAGGUACAACCACCAGGGAUUACACCCAGAUGAACGAGCUCCAUGAGCGGUACGCCGGCAAGGGGCUCGUUAUCCUGGGGGUGCCCUGCAACCAGUUCGGCCAUCAGGAGAACUGCAAGAAUGAAGAAAUCCUCAUGUCUCUGAAGUACAUCCGUCCUGGAAAUGGCUUUGAGCCAAAGUUUCAGCUCCUGGAGAAGGUGGAUGUGAACGGGAAGGAUGCCCAUCCCCUGUUCGCGUUCCUGAGGGAGAAGCUCCCGUUCCCCAGCGACGAGCCAACCGCCUUCAUCACUGACCCCAAAUUAAUCAUCUGGAGCCCGGUCUGCAGGAACGACGUGGCCUGGAACUUCGAGAAGUUCCUCAUCGGGCCAGAUGGAGUGCCCUUCAAGCGUUACAGCAGGACGUUCCUCACCAGCAACAUCGAGGGAGACAUCAAGAAGCUCCUCAACCAGGCAAACUGAUGAAUGGUCCUCCAAAAUGUCAAUGUUGUAUGACACAUGCUCAGACCUGCUGUGCUCACUUGUACACGGUGACUGUGACUUCUGUUCUUUUACUAUAUGAAGACAUCCUCUGAAACCAAGCUAGUUGUGAGGGGGGGUAUCCGAUGAAAUGUAAAAGGCUGAAUGUUUUCAGCUGCACUGGGUGCACGUAAAGCACAGUUGUGGUUUGAUGUAUUAAAAAGGACCAAUAAAUUUAUUUUUUUCAAACAUUU